GGCUCUUGCUAAUGGCUGCCCGUUGCAACAAGAAAAAUCGUUUUUAAUGGCUUGAGGUGGAGAAGCCCAAUAACGGGCUCCGAUGCUGCGCUGUUCCGCCUCUCUCGCUGUCAUCACUAAGCCGAGUCGUGUUAUGAUGACAACAAGAAUAUUUAGCCGUUGGACGGAGAAUAUCUGAGCCCCAAAUACUGUCUUUAUUUCUUUAUUUUCACGCAGACAGCUCGAUUAUUGUGUAGCCAGUGCGUUCCUCGGUUCUCCUCCUCCUCCAGCUCCCAGUGCGCCGCUGACCGACUGCCGCAGCCUGACAACCGCUACCCGCGCUCCGGCAUGAUGCUACCGCCGCGCUCCUGUAUGAUGCUACCGCCGCGCUCCUAUCUGCUUAUCGGCGUUUUUUGGAUUGUCCUCUUCAGCUCUGCUGGCGUAAAAUGUCUGAACGGCGAAGAAGAUCAGUCUCAAGACAUGGAGUGCAAGAUGAAAAGCGUUACGGUCUCCGCGUUGCCGUUUUUGCGAGAGAACGACCUGAGCAUCAUGCAUAGCCCGUCGGCCUCCGAGCCCAAGCUACUCUUCUCCGUCAGGAAUGAUUUUCCCGGCGAGAUAGUCGUUGUUGACGACUUGGAAAAUACCGAGCUCCCGUACUUUGUGUUAGAGAUCUCCGGGAACUCUGAAGACAUUCCUCUGGUGCGCUGGCGACAGCAGUGGUUGGAAAAUGGCACUUUGCUUUUCCACAUUCACCAUCAGGACGGCAGUCAGAACUUGCCUGGUCCGGCGGCCACUGCUUACCCUGCUAGUGACUCUGCUGAAGAGGAGCUGCGCAUUCUGCACAUUUCUGUCAUGGGUGGCAUGAUCGCUCUUCUGCUGUCCAUCCUGUGCUUGGUGUUGAUCCUGUACACUCGCAGACGCUGGUGUAAACGUCGCCGGGUUCCUCAACCUCAAAAGAGCGCCAGUGCUGAAGCUGCCAAUGAGAUCCACUACAUCCCCUCAGUACUGAUGGGUGGACAGGCCCGGGAAAGUCUGAGAAAUUCGCGCGGGCAGGGCCACAACUCGAGUGGCACCCUCAGCAUCCGAGAGACCCCCAUACUGGAUGGGUACGAGUAUGACAUCACUGACCUGCGGCAUCACCUGCAGCGGGAGUGUAUGAAUGGUGGAGAGGACUUCACCAGUCAGGUCACCCGCACGCUAGACUCACUUCAGGGGUGCAAUGAAAAGGGGGGCAUGGACCUCACUCCAGGGAGUGAUAGCACAAAACUGUCCCUAAUGAGCAAGUACAAGGAUAACAUCAUUGCUACCAGUCCUGUCGACAGCAACCACCAGCAAAACACACUUCUUCCACACAAUACCUCCACCAGCCAGCGCAAAAGGCUGUCCAGCAAAACACACGCGGGUUCAACUUUUCUGAACCCAGAUGGAGACUCUGGGACAGAGGCGGACAGCGAGCCUCAGCUGACUUUCUACACCGACCCAAACCGCAGCCGCCGACGCAGUCGAGGUAUGAGAAAUGGUAACGUCAACUCGGCGUGGGGCUCUGGGGGUUCCCCACGGAGUCCUAUCAAUAAGACCACCCUCACUUUGAUCAGCGUGGUGAGCUGUGUGAUCGGCCUGGUCUGUGCGUCUCACCUUUCCUGUAGCCUGAACGUCAGAGUGAUCCUUCACGUACCGGAGCAUCUCAUUGCAGACGGCUCCAGGUUUGUUCUGCUUCAGGGCAGUCAGCUGGAUGCCUCUGAUUGGCUGAACCCUGCCCAGGUGCUGCUAUACUACCAGCAGAAUGCCAGCGGCCCCUGGGUCAACGAUCUGUGUGGCCGGCGUCUCCUGGACCCCUGUGAGCACCAGUGUGACCCAGAUACAGGAGAAUGUCUCUGCUUUGAUGGCUACAUGAAAGACCCAGUUCACAAACACCUUUGCAUCCGCAAUGAAUGGGGCCCAAAUCAAGGCCCAUGGCCCUACACAAUUUUCCAACGGGGCUUUGAUUUGGUGAUGGGAGAGCAGCCAUCGGAUCGCAUUUUUAGAUUUACAUACACUCUUGGAGAAGGCAUGUGGCUGCCACUUAGCAAAAGCUUCGUCAUUCCUCCGGCUGAGCUGGCCAUCAACCCCUCUGCCAAGUGUAAGACAGAUAUGACUGUCAUGGAGGACGCAGUGGAUGUCAGGGAGGAACUGAUGAUUUCCUCAUCAUUUGACAGUCUGGAGGUGCUGCUGGACUCAUUUGGCCCUGUGAGAGACUGUUCAAAAGACAACGGAGGUUGCAGCCGAAAUUUCCGCUGUAUUUCUGAUCGCAAGCUUGACUCCACUGGCUGUGUGUGUCCUCCUGGAUUGAGCCCGAUGAAGGAUGGCACCGGUUGCUAUGACCACCACAUUGGCAUUGACUGCUCGGACGGCUUUAAUGGGGGCUGUGAGCAGCUGUGCCUCCAGCAGCUGGCACCUCUGGAGGAGGAUCCCACUCUCUACAACAUCCAGAUGUUCUGCGGAUGCAUUGAAGAUUAUAAGAGAGGGUCAGAUGGCCGCUCUUGUCAGCCACUGUCUGAGGCCUGCACAGAGGGACUGGACUGCGGGGACACAGCCGACAUCCCAGCCAACCAGACUGUGUUUGGAGACCUCUUUUAUGGCUAUAAUAACCACACCAAAGAGAUCACAUCUGGACAGAUACUAAAAGCCACUUUUAGGCAGAAAAACUUUGCUCGUGGCAUUGAGCAGCAGCUCCCGGAUGGCAUGGUGGUGGCGUCAGUGCCGAAUGAAGCCCAGUGUCAUGAGGAACUGUCUGACCCAGUGCCUGAUCCAGAAUACCUCACUGGUAUGGUAAACUACAGUGAGGUUACCGGUUACCCAUUGGUUCAGCACUGGAGGCUGCGCUCUGUUAUGUACCAUGUAAAGCUCAAUCAGUGGGCUCUUUCCCAAGCCUUCAGUUCUGCCAUUCAUUCACUGGACGGGGCCACCCUGCGCAGCGACUUUGUGUCCAUUUUAAAAGAGUUUGGCAACCAUUUUAUCCAGGAGGCAGUGUAUGGUUUUGAGGAGUCCUGUACCAUAUGGUAUCCCAACAAACAAGUCCAACGCCAGCUGUGGUUGGAGUACCAGGAUAUCAGCAAAGGAAACUCUCCAUCGGACGAGUCGGAGGAGCGAGACAAAGAGCCACGCACACUUACUUACCCAGCAUACAUUGCCAGCCUGCUGGACUCUGGUGCCAAGCGCAUGGCGGCGGGGGUGCGCAUGGACUGCAGCAGCCAGGGCCAGUGCCCUCUGUCCUGCCACCUCUGCCACAUGAGCCCUGGGCCUGCACGUCCUGCAGAACCUGUGCUGCUUAACAUCACUAAAGCCACACCGAUCUUCGAACUUGUCAACAGCAACGAGACGUACCAGGCUCUGCAGGAGGCCAUGAUGAGUGUUUUAUGGUGCUCUGCUAAAGGGGAUGUUAUUGAUGACUGGUGCAGAUGUGACUCCAAUGCUUUUGGCACAGAUGGACUGCCAACCUGUGCUCCGCUGCCUCAACCUAUGCUCAAACUGUCCCAUUCGUAUGAGCCCAGCAGCUCAUUGGUCAUCAUAGAAUGGAAUCACACAGAGCCACCAAUUGGAGUGAGGAUUGCUGAUUACCUCAUCAGUCAGGAGAAGGUGACAGAGCGGACUGAUCACUCCAAAGUUGAGACGGAGACAAUGUUGAGUUUUGUGGAUGACAUCAUGUCAGGGGCCAAAUCCCCGUGUGUGAUGCUUGGAGACAUUCCCGAUCCUCUGUCUUCAAUCUCCUUGAUCAUUCGCUGCCUGGAGCCGGACACCACCUACAUGUUUCGGCUGUGGGCAGUGGACAACACGGGUCGGCGCUCCAGUCCGAGUGAGGUGACGAUCAAAACUCCUUGUCCUGCUGUGGAUGAUGUCAAGGCUCAAGAAAUAGCAGAUAAGAUUUACAAUCUGUUCAACGGCUACACCAGCGGGAAGGAGCAGCAGACGGCCUAUAAUACACUCAUGGAUCUGGGAUCACCAACCCUCCACCGAGUUCUAUACCACUACAAUCAGCGCUACGAGAGUUUUGGAGAGUUCACCUGGCGAUGUGAAGAUGAACUUGGUCCAAGGAAGGCAGGACUGAUCCUGUCUCAGCUGGAUGAGCUCAGCGGUUGGUGUCGGGGGCUCCUCCAGGAACCAAAGAUUGGCCUGCGCAGAGCAUCCCUCAAGUAUCUGUCUUGUCGAUACACAGAUACCAAAGCGUUCGGGCUCAGCUGGGUGAACCUCGGCCAAGACUUGCGUAAGGCCUGCGAGGAGCAGAUGCUGUCCGUGAUGUACAACGAUUAUGGAGAACCCAAGGAACUUUAAAGGACUUGGACAACCAGAGGACUAGUCAGGGGUCCAACUGUAAAUAUGACUUCUCUGCUCCAUCGCUUUUAACAUUAAUUGGUCGUUUAUCGAGGAAGAGGGAAAUAUUUAGUCAGAACGUGAUACAGUUCGUUCUGAUUUUAAGAAGCGUUCAAGAGAUACGACUUCAGGCCUGCGUAUUCAAAAUAUGUACAGUGUACAGUCAAAAGGAAGUUACAUUUAAAGUGUCAUUUAGAACUAGUGGUGUAUUUUGUCAAACGGUGCAUACACCAGCUUGUAUAGGUAGAACUUUUUUCACAAGAACUAAAAGUGUAUCUUCUUAAUGUGCUGAAAAAAAAAACGUCUGUCUCUGUAGUGCAUAUAGAUAUGGAAAGAGCUAUAGCAAAUGUAAAUGUGAAUUCAUUAUUAAAUACAUUACUGAUGUGCUGAAUGUAGUAACUAAGGUAUAAGAGGUGGAGGAAACUGUACAUGAGGUUUUUUAAAGUAUAAGCAGUAUUAUGAAAAUAAGCAUUUUAAAGUUGUACAAUAACAUGAUGUCUUGUUUAUGGUUUAUUUCCUAUUCCAAAUAAAAUUGCCCAAAAGAAA